UGUCAUUUUUAUAUUUUAUUUUAUAUAAUUUAUCGUUGAUCAAAUAUAGAAUUCAAGUUUUUAAGUCCAUAUUCGUGUUUUGUAUUAAUUACGCGUGGUGUAACGCCGAAAUGUGUGUGUUGGAGUGCCCUAACCUCGGCGCGGCUCGCAUUCUGUGCAUCACGUAACGUCGGGCAUGGUGAGGAGCGCGAUGGUGCUGAGUACCGAGUGGGCGCAGGUUGAAGUUGUAGAGCUCACUAAUGACGGGAACGGACUCGGCUUCAACCUAGUAGGCGGCCGGAGUACUGGCGUCGUCAUUAAGUACGUAUUGCCUGGAGGAACGGCGGACAAAGACGGGCGGCUGCAGAGUGGCGACCACGUACUCCAGAUCGGAUCGGUGAACCUGCGAGGAUUCACCUCCGAGCAGGUCGCAGCGGUGUUGCGGCAGGCCGGCCCCGCUGUCAGGCUGCUAGUGGCACGCCCUGCGGACCCGGCUGCUGCACUACGCGCCCCGAUACCUGGCACAGCCCUCGUACCCACCAAGAUUCUCGCCGAUCCUGAACUCCUCGACAGACAUCUGAUCGAAAGUGGAUAUGGUGCUGUAUACGAUAUAUCUCAGUGUUACACCGAGUACAUCAAUGGGCAAAAUGGUGACGCCGAAAACAUUGUAGCAGCAGCUGUGAGUGUUGUUGGUGAGAAUCCUCAGCAAAUACCCGAGUAUCCGCUUGUUGCACAGGCAGUGUCCCCGACCAUCACGAUCACUGUUCCAGUGGAGUUGCCACAAUUGCCCGAGGUUGAAAUUGUUCAUGUGGAUUUGAAUAAAAAUGUUUAUGGCCUUGGUAUAACAGUUGCGGGUUAUGUCUGUGAGAAGGAGGAACUGUCUGGGAUAUUUGUUAAGAGUAUUAUAGAAGGUAGCAGUGCUGAACAAAGUGGUAAAAUUAGAAUAAAUGACAGGAUAAUAGAAGUGGAUGGUGUAUCGUUGGCUGAGAAGAGCAACCCUCAGGCGGUGGAGAUAUUAAGAAAUACAGGCAUAUCAGUUCAUUUAGUAUUAGAGAGAUACCUGAGGGGACCUAAAUAUGAACAUCUUCAAUUAGCUAUAUUUAAUGAAGAGAAACCCUCAUCACCGACAUCAUCGACCACAACCCUUUCUUGGUUCCCAGUGCCUUCCCAAGUUGAGAACAGUGUUACUGAAAUUGAGCCUGAAGCUGAAUCCAACACUACAAUAGACUCUAGUGUACUAGAAGUAGGAGAAGCUGAAGUGAAUGAACCCACUCAAGAGGAGUUGGACAGGAGAUUUGAUGAAAUAUUAGCAGUUACAGAAGAAGAAGUGACAAAGAAGUGGGAGUCUGAAAUUGGAACGGAGAAGCAGAUUAUUAUUGCUGAAGUGCAUAAACUUGAAGGGCUUGGCAUUAGUUUAGAGGGUACAGUUGAUGUAGAAGGAGGUCAAGAGGUCAGACCGCAUCAUUACAUUAGAUCUGUGCUUCCAGAUGGUCCUGUUGGACAACAAGGAACACUUAUAGCUGGUGAUGAGUUGUUAGAAGCCAAUGAGUACCGGCUGCAUGGACUUACUCAUACAGAAGUGGUUAAUAUUCUGAAGCAUCUUCCAAACCGUGUGCGAUUAGUUUGUGCUAGGAGCACUGAAAGUGGUCCUCGUCCGCUGAUUAACCUAGCACCAGAUAGGGAAGGAUUUGAAGCUAGAAAGAUCAUAUCGGGUAGCUUGAACAACUUGACAACACUUGUCAAAGCUCAGUCUGACACUUCAAUUAAUACUUCUAGUACAGCUACAUUGACAAACCACUCGGGUCACUCUAGGAAGUCUCGUUCCCUUGAAUGUGUGUCAGGGCUAGCCAUGUGGCAGAGUAGAGAAGAUAUUGUACAGCUUGUCAAAGCUGAUCAGGGUCUUGGUUUCUCCAUAUUGGACUACCAGGACCCUAUAGAUCCUCAAGGCACAGUGAUUGUCGUACGGAGCUUAGUACCUGGAGGAGUAGCUGAGAAAAAUGGUGAAAUCUCCCCAGGAGACAGAGUGAUGUCUGUUAAUGGAGUCAGUAUUAAAAAUGCCACAUUAGACCAAGCCGUGCAGGCGCUUAAAGGCGCACCAAGAGGGGUAGUGAGGGUGGGGAUAGCUAGGCCACUGCCACCGCACGACUCUAAGUCAAAAAGUACCACCACAUUGAACACUAAGCCAAGUUAAUCUUAACUCAUUGUGAUUACGAAACUGUACUAGUCAACCUUAAAGUCAUAUCUCUUUACGCUUACCUGAGCUUAUGGUGCAAGCACAUGAGGGUUCCAAAUACUCUAUCACAUGCAAUGUGUCUCACCCAUGACAUUUACUUGAAUGCAAUACAAACAUUUUGAAAUUUUAAAUAUAUUUCAAAACGUAUGUAAACUACAUUUUGAAAGGAUGUUUGCAGUCUUAAACCAGUAAAUGGCUUGCAUUUUAGUAAAUGUCAAAUUAAGCUCACAAAUUACAUAAUAUUUCAGGACAGAGCUCAAAUUCUAUGAUACAAUAAUAAUUUACGCUUUACUAGGUAGACUAUAUGAUAUACUUGUAUAUGUAAGAUUCACAAGUCGUUUUAUAAUGCACAUGUUUAAAAAAAAAUACGUGUCAUGUUUUUGGUUACUUCCAUCCCUUUUUAAAAUACAAUCCCUGUACUCUUUAAGACUCUAUAGGUCAUAAAUUGAAAAUACGUUUCAUGACAAAAGAUGCACACUUUUUAAUUAUUGUAAUGAUAAACUAUUAAAUUAAUAUUCAUAUUAAUUAAAAUAGUUAUUGAGGUGUCACAAAAUUUGUAGAUUUUAACCUAAGGGAGCAAUUACGAAAGUAACUUUUAUGUAAAUAAUGAGAAAGUCGAUUUUCAAACGUCAUCGAUUUAUUGGUGGUACCAACAUCAGGAUUUGCUUGUGAAUUGAUUUCUUGCCAAGUUGACUAUUGUUAUAUGUAUAAUAUGCAAAUUAUAUUGACUGUUUAUUCUUUUAUGAAUUUUUUUACGCUGUUGAUCUAAGGAUAGGAGGAGAUUUUCCAAAUUGUAGUUAUAAUAAUUAUAAAACAUGUUUUAUUUUGAAACGAUGGAUUCUCUUGUUUCGUAAACAUUAUAAGGGCUUGUUUUGUAAUGAAUAAGUACCGGUUAAAAUUCAAACUUAACUCUUGGUUAACAUGUGUUUUACAAUAAUCCAAUAAAACUAUAAGCUAUUUGAAAUGUCAAAAAUAAAGAAAUGAUAUAUUCAAAAUUGUUCAUUAAAGAAUUGAACAUUGAUCAUAUGUUAUGAAACGAGCCCUAAAUCUAUCCUAGGUCAAGAGAAUUGUUUAUUUUUAAAUUCUAUAUGUUAAGGAAGUGCACUAGUGUUUAGUGAGCACAUGUGAUAUGGGUGUUAUUGUAUAGCGUAUUUAUAAUGGCUGUUCGUAUCGUCUUGAAUCUCUUUGAAACUCUCUUUUUUUUUAUUAUUUUACUUUUGUAACUGAGUAAUAAUGAUCUAAGUUCAUAUCAAGUUGCUUCCACACAGAAAUUGUACAAUUUAUUAUAAAUCAACUAGAUGUAUUAAGAUGAUGAAAUAACCUAUGUGGUCAGUGAUGAUUUCUCUAUCAAUUCAAUUCAAAUCAAUUUAUUUAGUGCAUUCUACAAUAUUAUUAUGAAAGAUGUUAGUACCUGAUAUAGUACAUUGUAGACCGUGUCGGGCGCAGCAAUUAGAAGCGAGCAGGGCGUCGAUUUCUUAAAUUUUCAUAAAGAUUUUAAUAAUUUUAUUUCAAAUUUUAUUCAAAUCCAUUCAGGUGUUUGAAGCAUGAGAUGUAAGAGUGAAAAUAAAAUAUUUUAUUAAUCAUCGACAUAUCAGCCUUUAACUGUCCACUGCUGAACAUAAGCCUCCCCAUAUGGGGGUGUAGCCAGUAGUUGCCACGCUUGGCCAGGCGGAUUGGCAACCGCAGUUUUAGAAUUGUUUUUAGAGGGACCCUGCUGCCCAUCGCUAGCCCUCCUUUAGAUAGAUAGAUAGAUAAUUUAUUUGCAUUACUUACAGCACACAAAUUACAACAUACAUAUACAAAAAAAAAGUGAGGUAACAUAAAUGAUAAAAAAAUACAUAAAGCUAAAUACAAUUUUUCUUUUGUGCGUGUGCCAUAGCAAUACAAAAUGGCCACAACUCAGUUUAUUGCUUCGCCCUCGAAAGAGCAAAGCACUGAUAUUCUGUUGCGGCCAAUGGGAAUAGGGUAAGGUUUAGUCGAUUCUUACGACACCCGCGGGAAAGAAAGGAGUGGCCUAAUCUAUGCCGGGAGCGCACACUAUUAUUUUAUUAUUCUAUUAAUAAAGUGACAGUUUAUAUGUUUAUUAUUUAAUCAUGUUUAAACGACUAAAUGGAUUUCAGUGAUAUUUAGUAUACAGAUAGACCACAUAGUAAAUUGACACAUAGAAUUACUUUUACCUUAAUCCAUAUCUGCGGGAUACUGUUGGUUUUGUCCAAAUAUAGUCUGUACCAAUUGGGGGCAAAUGUGAAUAGGCUACUCGUGGGCCCGGGAGCCCCAUCUUAGACCACAUCAUUGCUUACCAUCAGGAGAGAUCGUGAUCAAAAAUACUUCUAUAAUAUGGUUUUUGUCACUGUUGUGGAAGCAAGAUGAAUUGAACUAGGUUUUAUUUAAACAGUUGUGUUAGCAAUUUGCAAUGAAUUCCACAAUGUUUAUUCCUAUAUUUAUAGGCAUUUUAUUGUAUUAAUUGCAGUUUUAAUCCGUUCUCGCUGAUGUUUCUUUGGAAAAUUUUUUUUUUUUUAUAUACUACUUAGAAAAGCAAACAAGCUGACGGCCCACCUGAUGGAAAGUGGUAACCGUCGCCUAUAGACAUAAGCAGUACCAUGGACAUAACAGAGUAUACUGUUUCGCCCAUGAUACCCCCCCAUGCGUUGCCAUUCAUGAGGACUCGGGUGUUAUUCCUCUGUACCCUGUAAAUUCACGGCAUAUCCCACCCUUCAAACCGAAACACAGCCAUGCAAACACAACUGCUUCACGGUUGGAACACGAAUCAUGUCUAUAGGCGACGGUUACCACUUUCCAUCAGGUGGGCCGUCAGCUUGUUUGCCAUUCUAAGUUGCAUAAGAAAAAAGUACACAGAUAAGAUUGUAAACAUUUUAAGAUUUUUACCUAUCAUUCGGAAAUCUUUAAGUAUUGAUUGAACAAACCUUUGAUGAUAUCUAAAAAUUGCAUUACUUAGGUGUUAUAUACUAUAUAUCAGUCAUUAUUGUCCACUGCUGGACAUAGACCUCCCCCUAUUAAGGGAUAUUGCCAAUAGUUGCCACGCUUAGCAAGCGGGUUAGCAACCGCAGUUAUGCCUUGGUGAUAUUUUAAGACGCUGCUGCCCAUCCCUCAACCAUUAAGUUACCUUAGACGCACUUACGAAACCCACGGAAAAGAUACGAGUAGCCUAUUUCUAUUCUAUGCUGGGACCACACGCCAACUUAGAUGUUACAUUUUCUUUAAAAUAAAACUGCAAUGAAUGCAAUAAAAUCAAUAUUGAUCACAAUUCUGACCGUUUGUUUAUAUAACACAUUGCCAUAUCAUCCCACCAUCCAAACGAACACAUACGUAAAGUGGUAACAAAAUUUACAAGUAUUUUAUCUGCAUUUAUUUACUUCCGUUGAAUAGUGAUCUCUAGAAUUAAUAUUUACAUAAGUACCUACACAAAGUUUAAUUGUAUGGAUUUAUAUAAAUGAAGAGACUGUAUGAGAAUUAUUCAUUAACGUUGCCUUCUUAUGUGCAUUUAAUACGAUCCUUUAUCUACGACUUUGAUCACGUGAUCGAGAUACGCUCACUGAACGGAGUAAAAUGGCGCCUAUAUCCUUCUCUAUGCCGUAUAGUACGUGUAUACCAAAUUUUAAAGUGAUUUAUUUAGUCGUAAAGCCACUAAGAGGUAAUAAACUCACAUUCACAUUUAUGAGUAAAAAUAUCUUGUAGAUAUACUCAUAUUGUUAUAAAAAAAUAUGUACUCUAUUCUAUGCCAUUGAUCCAUUCUUUGACCGAGUUCAAGUAAAAGAGGUUCUCAAUUUAUUUUUUUUUUUUUAUAAAUAACGCCAUAUGUUAGCCAAUUGUUUGAUUUAUGGCACAAAAAGAUUACAUUAAUAUAUAUAAUAUUGAUCAAAGAUGUACAACAGGCGAGCUUAACUGUGUAAAAGUUCUCCUCCAACAAACCCUGAUUGGAAAGGAGCAUUAAUUAUUAAAACGGAUAUCCAAUUUUUAUGAUUUUUUUUUCUUUGUUCAAUCCCAUCUUGGUCCUAUAUUGAAUUUUGUUAGUGUUAAAUUAAUUAUUUUUAUACUUUUCAAAUUUUACUCUCCUUUUUUAUACAGUUCGUUACCAUAUUUUUAUUGAAAAUUACCAAAAACUUUUAUUACUUAUACUAAAUAUAGUGUCCUAAUAUCUUCUGUUAUAUAAAUUCAUACAAAUAAUUUUAAUAACGAUUCUGUCAAUUUUAAACUAGUGUAUUUAAAUUAAGAGCUGUUAUUAACAAACAUUAGAUAACAAAUGCUUCGCGCAAAGCAAUUCUAACCCUUAUUUUGUAAUGCCUACCUUACGUUAAUUUGUCAAUUUUGGAAUUUGCGUAAUUAAUGCCCUAGACAAAGAGCAAACGAAUCUACCGAUAUAAUCAUUUCGUUCAGCACUCGCAUGUCUAGGGGGUCAGCCCCCUAGAGAUGUAGCAAGCGAAUUUACAGAUAGAAUCGUUUCAGUUACCGUUCUCAUGUCUAGGGGGCCAGCCCCUUUGAAGAAGUGAUAAAUGAAUCUACCGAUAGAAUUGUUUCGGUCAGCGCUUGCAUGUCUAGGGGGUCAGCCCCCUUAGACAAGUGGCAAACGAAUCUAUCGGUAGAAUUGUUAUCGCUAUCGUGUCCGUAAAAUAGUAUGACAUAAUUUUUUCUCAUGUCAUUAGAGCGUUAGAUUCGUUUGCCAUUUGUCUGGAAGGGGAAGAGGAGGGAGCGAGGUAUUAUUAUCUUUAGAACAAUCAAUCUUCGAACGCGGAGAUCGGUAUCUUUGUACAAGAUUUUGUUUAUUUGUUGUUAUUGAUAUUGUUUUUUAACUGUGCUUGCAUGACUGUUUCGAUUUGAAAUUACAAAGUACGAAGACAACACCGUGGUCCUCAGGAAUGACAACGUACGAGACUAUGGGCAUCACAGUGUAUUCUGUGGUGCCAGUGGUGCUGUCAUAUCUAUAGGCGACCAUCACCAAUUUAUACCAGGUGGCCUGUCUGCUUGCCAUUCUGAGUACCAUAAGGCUGUUCAGAUCCGAUAUGCCGCGCUGAACUUCGUGUACUCCAUACACGAGAAAGUUUUUUUUUUUUUAUUCUCUACGCCAUUAUUUCUUACGGUAUUCGUACCUCAGCUGUCCCAGCCGGCACUUAGUGUACCUUAUUGCCUUUUACCAUAAUACCAUUGGGUACAAAACGUUUUAGAUAUUAUUAAGUAGGAGUGGGUAAUAUAUCGCAAUAUCUAUAUAUAUUUUAGUUAUGAUAUCUGUAUACUGGUACAUUAACGAAUAUAUUAAAAGUCAGUUAUCCAAAAAAAGUAAUAUUGGUUAACAGACUUUUAACAUAUUCGAAAAUAGAUAUCCGACCGAUAUGGGCGAUAUCGUAAUGGGUUAUGAUCAUUUUUUCCGCCAUCGACGUCUACAGGAAUCCAAUAUAUCUAUAUCGGAUCGGUAUCUGUAUUGCCCAUACCUAUUAUUAAGUAAUGUGGAAAGUUUAAGUAAACACGCUUGGUACUUGGUAGACGAACUAGAAAUAAUAACACGUAAAUGAAUAAAAAAAAAUAUCUAGUAUUUAUUGUCACAAACAAGAAUUAUUUUACUUGUAUUUUUAUUACUCAAUAUGUUGACGUACAUUUUUAUAUUGCAUUACAUUUUACGCAGAAAUUGGGAGUUGUGCAGAAAAUGGCUACGUACAUUACCUUAAUUAAAA